CUUACUUUGUUCCAAAUCUGAAAUUAUAUAAAGAUUUUUGUGCCAUUUUUAUCGGGGCCUUGAUUAUUUAGACUGUAUGAUUUUUUGCAAUCAAUUGUUUCAGAAUGAAUCAAUGUUAUUGAAAGAUUGAAAGAGUUUGCAUCAAUAAUCUGAAUGAGAUAAUCAGAAAAGGUUCAAAAUGGAAAGAAAUGUGAGACAAACUGAUGUUGAUUGGACUAAUGUAUUUAUUAAUACCAUUGUGAAAAAUAUUCAAACAGUUUGCAAUGGAAUAAUUCCAUUCAGUCAAAAUAUUGAAGUAAUUGGACAUUUACAUUUAAGUAUAGACAGUGACAAAAAAUUGAAUUAUAUAGUGAAUGAAAAAUGUUCAAAACAAGACACUUUUGUUAAUUCUAUUAGUGAAAGCUUUCAUGCUGAACCAAAAGACAGACCGAUUAGAACACCUAGAUCUAGGAAAAAGAAAGCAUCACCUAGUAAAACAUUUGGAAGUCCUGCUAAGUCAAUGAAGUUCUGUGAAUCAUUUGAUAUGAAAGGUGACGCUGUUAUUGAUGAAGUGUUAGAUGACAUUUCAGUGGAUAGUUCUUUAGGUGUUACAUUCACAGAGCAUCACCCUGAAUCACAAUCCAGACAUUUUUUGACAGAAGGUGAGACAGGAUCAGCAUCAAUUGACCAACAAGUAUUAACUGAGGAGCAAGUAUUAACCAUUGAAAAUAUGGAGGGGUCCAAAAUUGAAAACCAGAAUUCGGGCACGAAUAUAAAUCAUCUUCAAGUCAUUAAAACCGAAGCUGAAGCUAGCACAUCCAAUGUUACAUCCAAUGUUCCUGAGUUUUAUUUUGACCCAGACAAUCCAG